CAAGUAUGAUGACUGUCCCUUUUGAAAAUCUGCUUAGGGCCUCGAAAAUGCUAGGUCCGGCCCUGGUGGUAGCCCAGUAGGGAAGUUUGUGAUUUCGGAUGAAGCACUCAUAAUGCCUUCGUCAGAGUUGUGGGCGAGGCUAUGACGCUUACGGUAAUAGUACUUUCGAUUUGGAAUGUGAUUAUAAGGAUUAUACUGAUUCAGCGGGUUCUGAAGUCUAGAAUGCUGCUGCUUGUGACUAGUAAUGGGAUAUCUAAUCUGAAAAGAAGUAUAUAUAAUGGAUCUGCUGAAAGCGUCAGCCGGUAGUGAGCCACUGAGUGUUGCUGCAAUAAGAGUCGUUAUCGCUCGUCUGACAUAUAACUAAUGAGAAGGCAGCUAACGUUACUAUUAUUAGCGUUUCAUUUUAUUCACUGUAACACUGUCAGACUUUGAAACGCAACUUGUUCUCACACAAGCGACGCGCAUAAGUGACAAUAGAAAUCAAAUGUCAUAUCACAUAAACAAGAAUGGCUCAUUCACAAAGCUGGCACAUUCAUGUUACUUCGAGGGACUUUGAACCCAGAUCAGACAAGUGCACAGCUCUGCAGGCAGAUGUUCCAGAUGUUCCUCUGGCUGUGGUUGAGGAGAUCCUACUGAACCUGCCUGCACAUCAGGUGGUGCGAGUCUGUCGGCUGGUGUGCCGUGAGUGGAAGGAGCUGGUGGACAGUGCCUCACACUGGAGAGAGCGCUGUCGGAGAGAGGGGAUCCAGCCCUGUGAUGCUUCCAGAACCCCAGAGGACUGGCGCCUGUUUUACUUUCUUACUAAGAAACGACGGAACUUGCUCAAGAAUCCCAGUGCUGACGAUGGACUUCAAGGCUGGAAUCUUAUACAGAAUGGUGGUGACCGCUGGGAAGCACACGGAAAUAUACGUGCAUUUCCAGACAACACCGUCACCAAAUGUUUUGUGACAUCCUAUAUGUUAUGUUUGAAGCAGCAGCUGAUUGAUUUGAAGAAAAAAGGUUAUAGUGCUGCUUUCAUGGAUCAACUGCAACCUCAUAUCAAAAUAUCAGACUGGUAUACGGCACGCUCUGAUUGUGGAAGUGAGUAUCAGAUCUGUGUAGAGUUGCUUGAUCGGAGGAAAAAAACCAUCAGGACCUUUCAGCCUGAGAAAGUUAUAUUUGACUAUGGGAACAGUGAGCCGUGGUGUCAAAUGACACACGUCUUCAAGAAUUAUGGACCUGGAGUUCGGUUUAUUCGUUUCACUCAUGGAGGGAAGGAUAGACAGCUUUGGGCAGGCCAUUAUGGAAUACGGGUCACUAACAGUAGUGUGGAGAUCUGCCCAGCUGCAGAGAGACAUGAACUGCAAAAGAGAUGAUGAAUUACUUGAAUCCAAUAAAUGAUUCCACCUCAAA